UGUCAUUCCAGUGGGUAUGUUAAUGUGUGUGUGGGGGUGGAGAGCCUGCAGGAGGAAGAAAGUGCCUGUUAAACUUUAACCAUCGUGAUAAGCAGUUCGAUAAGAGAGGGACUGGCAGGCUGUUGGCAGACGGAUGGAUGGACACGAGCUCCUUUCCCCAGGGUCACAGAGAAGGGCAGUCGACAGGAGCUUGCAGCCUCCAGUCCGAAGCACAGGAAGCCUGUCCAAUCCCAGGAGGCUCAAUGGCCAGGACUACGAGUCCCUGCGGAGGAGCUGCCUGCUGAGCCACUGCUUGUUUGAGGACCUCAGCUUCCCGGCUGACUGGACAUCCAUAGGGGACAGCAAGGUGAAAUCUGUGCAGUGGAGGAGACCCCAUCAAAUCCAUCAGAACCCCCAGUUUUUCGUGAAAGGAGUCAGUCGAUUUGAUCUGUGCCAAGGCAGUGCAGUGGGAAACUGCUGGUUUCUGGCUGCAUUAUCCUCCCUGACAAUGCAACAAGAUGUUUUUGCUCACGUUGUGCCACCUAAUCAAGACUUCCAAAGAAAUUAUUGCGGCAUUUUUCACUUCCGGUUCUGGCAUUUCGGUGACUGGGUGGACGUGGUAGUCGAUGAUCGCCUCCCCACCGAUGAAAGGGGUCAGCUGAUUUUUGUCAGGUCAUGUGACUGGAAUGAGUUCUGGUGCGCUCUGAUGGAGAAGGCCUAUGCUAAGUUGUAUGGAUCAUACGGAGAUUUGCACAUGGGUCAGAUUUCGGAAGCACUGGUGGAUUUCACUGGCGGGGUUAAAUCUGUCAUCUCCCUGAAGAACCCCCCCUCGGAUCUCUGGAAGAUGCUGAAAAGAGCUAUUAGCCUGGGCUCCUUCAUGGGCUGCAGCACCCCAUCAGUGCAAUCCGGAGAGCAAGUGCUCCCAAAUGGGCUGGUGCUGACUCACGCAUAUUCAAUAACGGGGGUUGAAGAGGUGUGGUACAAAAACCGGAUGGAGUUGCUGAUCCGAGUGCGGAAUCCAUGGGGGAAUGAAACAGAAUGGAAAGGACGCUGGAAUGACCAGUCUGAGCAGUGGAGCCGCAUUGAUCCUGACAUCAAGAAACAACUCCUAUUGAAUCGGGAGGAUGGAGAGUUCUGGAUGGCGAUACAGGAUUUUAAGGCACAAUUUGUCCAGCUGGUGAUUUGCAAUUUAACCCCAGACUUUCUGAAAGGCUCCAAACAGCAGCAAUGGGCCAUGUCUAUUCAUUAUGGGACCUGGCUCAAUGGUCAAACUGCAGGAGGGAGUAGAGAGAAUAAAAGUAUGUUUUGUACGAAUCCCCAGUACUGUGUGACUCUGACCCAGAAUGAUAUGGACAGGGAGACAAACCGUUGCACCUUCAUCGUCUGCCUCCUACAGAAACAACGGAGCAGGCAACGAAAUAAAAGCCCUUGGUUUUUCAUUGCCUGCCACCUCUUCAAGAUUGCAGUUGUACAGUUAAAGAAUAACUCCUCUACACACCAUCAGCCUGGCAUGGUGCUGCUUGAAACCCGGGAAGUUAUUGCAUGUGUUACCUCGCUCCUGGGUUCAGCUGCUCUUACAGCAUCGACAUUUACAAGUUUGCCGAUGGUAUCUCUGGUGCAGGUUCCUCCUGAACUCCAGGUACAGAAUAGGAAUCUAACACAGACGUUGCUGGAUGAGUGUGACCUGGUCAAACAGGUGAAAUACCGGAAUACCAGGGAGGUCAGUGAAGCCUACCAGCUGGAACCAGGCACCUAUGUCUUAGUGCCAAGCACUUACUACCCCAACAAACAAGCUGAGUUCCUUCUCCGCGCCUACUUCCAGAAGGGGAAUUGCCACGAAGAUACAAGUUCCGACUCUAAUCUUCAUCAUCCUAUGCCGGCACCUAACAGAACAGAUAACAGCUCCUGGGAACAGAUCUUCCAUAAAUACGCUCGGAGCCACCAGCCAAACUGGUCACUGCCUCAAUUCAAUGGAUCUGACAGCUUUAGCCCCCCUCUGUCCCCCAGCCCUAUGUCCCCUACCACACCGGAGGGCAGGCCCUUCUGGGCCCAGGUACAACAGACCAAUGCCUGGUCAGAGAGGUAUCCUCUGCCAAAAUCACCGUCAUCGCCCACCUCUCCAGGCCUGGCGAUCAAUGCUGAUGGGCUGAAGAAGAUUUUAAAUGGAAUCUUUCUGGAAGACCAGAAAACUUCAAACGGCUUCAGCCUGGACAGCUGCAGAGCCAUCGUUCUGCUGAUGGAUUUCAGAGGAACUGGAAGACUUGACAAACACGAUUUCAGACGCCUGUGGGAAAAGCUGUUGCUUUUUAAGGAACUAUUCCACAAGAGGGACGUGGACGGUACAGGACUACUGCAUCCAACACAACUCUCUGACAGCCUGCAGGAAGUUGGAUUUAGAGUGACUAACUCCGCUCUCAAUCUCAUGACUCUGAGGUUUGGUGACUCAUCAGGAAGGAUCAGUUUGGAGAGUUUCAUUAACUGCUUUCUCCGUGUAGAGUUUACAACCAAGAUGUACACCAGGUUAAGCAAAGGUGCGGCUGCACUCUCUCUGACCGAGGCUGAGUGGAUGCUGCUCACCACAUAUUUGUAAUCGAUGGUAGAUGGCCUCGAAUGCUGGGAGCGGAUGUUGAGUGUCUGGCUGGAGAUUACAAUAAACCACGAUGCGAUUUCA